AUGAAGAAAGGCAGUGGUAUAAUUAAUAAAGUAAUAGACAAUUUACCGUUUGAGUUACAUUUACCCGGCUAUCAAUUUUGCGGACACGGAACUAAACUUCAAAAACGGUUACUCAAAGGCGAUCGUGGGAUAAACAAAUUGGAUGAAGCGUGCAUGCUCCAUGAUAUUGCUUACACUAACAAAGAUUCAGGCGUUCGACAAAAAGCGGACUUAGCAAUUUUGAAGGUGGAGUUUGAAAUCAGAAGAUACUAG